AGUAGGGUUCAAUAAGCUGAGUUUUGAUAACCUUUAACACCCCAACAACACCGGACGCCGCCUGAUCUUGUUCGUGAUAAUACAGAGUGACUUGUACGAUGGAACAAACAAUGAGACCAGCCAUUCCGGGGUCACCACCUCAGAAAAGAGGGCAGCCACAACAAGAAUACAUAGAUCUGUUGGCUGAGCGAAGACAAUCAAGUGAUCUCAGAUGGGCAGCUCGGGAAUGGUACUCGAAGGGAAAUUAUAAAUAUGGCCUGCAGAUGGAACGUGAGGAAGUGUUGAGCAAAGUAAUGCAGUCAGACAGAGUUAAACACACCAUCAGUUGGCUUGUGAAUGAGGGAAUGGCACAUGAUAUGCUUGUGGCUGAAGCAGAAGGGAUCUUGGAACAGAUGGCACACACUCAAAAACUUGCCAUUAUACGGCAGUUUGCCUUCAUCCUUCCAAAGAUCAUGAAGAAAAUCUACAGUAAAGUGCUUAUCAAUGAGGAAGGGAUUGAAAAGCUGCGCAGUACCCUAGUUGAAACCCCUGUAAUACUGCUGCCAACACAUCGGUCCUAUGCAGAUUUUCUCCUUGUGUCGUACAUCGCAUACCACUUUGACCUUCCCUUGCCUGUGAUUGCUGCUGGAAUGGACUUCAUGGGUAUGGCUAUAGUUGGAGAGAAGUUGAGGGGCUCUGGAGCUUUUUAUAUUCGUCGCUCAUUUAUGGAUAAUACCCUCUACUGGGCCGUGUUUCAGGAAUAUGUUCAGACUCUUGUGGAGUGCACUGGUUCUCCAAUGGAAUUUUUCUUAGAAGGAACAAGAAGUCGAAGUGGCAAAUCAUUGCCUCCUAAGAUUGGGCUUCUUGGUUGUGUAGCGGAGUGUUGGCUGCGGGGCAGAGUACCAGAUUUAGCAGUGGUGCCCAUAAGUAUAUCCUAUGAACGAACUUUAGAAGAAAAACUUUAUGCAUAUGAACUUCUUGGAGUACCAAAGCCUCGUGAAUCAACUUCAGGUCUUCUGAAGGCAACAAGGAUCUUAAAAGAAAAAUAUGGCAAUAUAUAUGUUAAUGUGGGUGAGCCUGUAUCAGUACGAGGUUUUCUUGGUCCUCGUGUUGACAGACAUCUGAGUGCAUCUAUACCUUCCCAUUUAGCACCUUUAACUAAGAAUGAGCUGUGUGCAUGUGAAGCUCUCGGCUGUCACAUGUUAAGAAAGAUCCAGCUAGGUGGUGUGGUGAGUGUGUGGAGUGUGGUGUGUGUACACCUUAUAUGCACUCUCUGGGCACAAUGCUGGUCACUUCCAUUUAAGGUGCUUUUACAAGAAGUCUCCUGGCUUAUAACUAUAUUAGAGAAGAUUGGUGGAAAUAUUGCUCGCCAAGGGAGUGUGGAGGAAGAUAUUAUAUGCAGCCUUGAGGUUCACUCUCAUGUAGCGAGACUUGGUGAAGAUGGAGUAGUCUAUAUACAACAAGUUCAUCAGCCUGACCAACAAACCGUACUAAGCCAAGAUAAAAAAAUAAAUUUGAGCAGUAAAACAGUGGAGCUUGCUGUAACUCACCUGAUGUUACAGCAUUACAUCAACCACCUACUUCAUCUCUUGAUCAGACCGGCCCUGGUAGCACAUGCUCUGGUAUCACUUGGUGCCCAGACUAAAGCCUCUUCCCUUGAGUUGCUGCAAUCAAGAUUUGUUUUCCUUCGCUCAUUCUUUGGAUACGACUUCAUCUUUGAGAAGAAUAUGGAAGGAAGAGAUUUUAUGGAAGGGUUGUCUGUGCUAACAUGGAGUGGAGAAGUGAGUGUCAUCCAAGGGUGUGCUCAGAUGAUGCAUCAGGCCAACAGCUUGAUAACGCUCUUGCUGGCAUUGCUCAAACCUUUCACCCUGACUUAUUCAUGUGCUGCUCAGACCAUGGCAUCCCAGGAGUGGCUAGAUAAUGGAGCAUUAGUUGUUGCUGUUCAGCAAUCCAUUGAAAGAUCACUUUGCAAGACUACACUGUACUCAGCACUCUCCUUGGAUACAGUCCGUCAUGCAGUAAGAGCAGUCAUUAGGAUAGGAGCUGUUACUAAAAGAAAAGGAAUUAACGACCAGACAGUAUUGACACCAGACCAGCAGAAAAUUGCUUCCAUUACCCAAGUGUUGCAACAAACCUCUACAACAGCAUUACAACCAAAACUUUAAGUAUUAUGGAGCUCUGUAUGACCUAUAUGGGUUUAGCACUCUCUUUGAUCAUAUAUUUAUUAUUUAGACAUUACAUUAUCUUAAUAGUUUGCUAUUAAAGUACAGUACAGUAACUGCAAAUGCUACUUGAUGCAGUUUGCUAAAAUUUGCAAAAUCUAUUUCAUAUGUUUCUGUAACAAAUAAUGGGAGCUCCAGAACUGUUAAUUAUUUCUCCUUAACUUGAGUUGUAAAAUAAAUUUAAUUACUGUACAGUCAAGCACUGAAAACUCAGAGAAUCAAAGAGCUUUAUGUUGGUACAUGGAUAUAAAUGUGGCCGUUUUUUAUUUGUAAUCUAAUGUUUAGUCUUUGAAAUUAUUCCUUGAAAUUUUCCCUUAGAUUUUUACAGUGGGUCAGCCAAAAUGGAUCGUAAUGUUCAGAAUACUUCUUACUCCAACUGAUUUUCUGUUUCAGUCCUUGCCUGUAUUUCAGUUACAUGUCUAAAAUAAUACAAAACAGACUGAAAUUUUAACCAUUUUUCCAUGUCAUUCAGUUCAUGGAGUACAAUUGGUUAGCAGCUCUCUAUUUUUGUUUGUGGUAGUGAUUCCAGACACAGGAAGAGUUUGACUCUUCAAUCUGUUUUGGUCCUGAGAGCAAAAAUAACUUGUUCUAGUCUGUGUGCUGAGAGAGAACACCUUGUUCUGCUCCUUAAACUGUGAGAGAACAAUUUAUUCUGGCCCUUACACUGAGAGAACAGCUUAUUCUGGCCAUACACUGUAUGAGGACAGCUUGUUUUGUUCCUAACAAUGUGAGAGAACAACUUUUGUUCCUUACACUGUAAGAGAACAACUUUUGAUCCUCGCACAGUGAGAUUACAACUUUUGUUCCUUAUACAGUGGGAGUACAACUUUUGUUCCUUACACUGUAAGAGAACAACUUUUGAUCCUUACAGUGAGAGUACAACUUUUGUUCCUUUUACAGUGAGAGUACAACUUUUGUUCCUUACACUGUGAGAGUACAUCUCAUUUUGUUCCUUACAGAGAGAGACCAACUUGCCCUUGCUGGGGGUCUAGUCUAUAAUGUUAAGAAGUUUGGUAAUUUUUAUGCAUGAUAGUGGUAUUAUCCUAGUAAAAAAAAAAAUGGAAUAAUAUAUGUGUGAAGGUACUCUUCACAUUAAUAUAUAGUUCUAUAUGACCUGUUCUCCAUGGGGAAGCGGAACAGAAUUCUUUCUCCGUAAGCCAUGCAUGUCGUAAGAGGCGACUAAAAUGCCAGGAGCAAGGGGCUGUAUGCAUUACUAAAUUUAAAAAAAGAAACUUUAGUUUUUCUUUUUAGAUCGCCCUGUAUCGGUGGGAUAUGGGCAGUUUGUUAAAAAAAAAGAAAAAAUUACCAGUACAGGUUUGGCACAGUUUGUAAACAUAAUAAUAUGGAUUAAUAUUUCAUUG